ACCGCCACCCGAUAGAUUAAAGGGCGACUGUCAUUUCUAAAUCUACAUCAACUGGGUGUCGCUUUUUCAUUUUUUACCUCUUUGUUCGCGGUCACAAUACACAGUCGUCGGCCCAGUCUAUUUUUCUUCAUCUUAUCGUCCGGUAUACCACGAGGUAAAGCCUUUCCCUUCUGCUCGCAAGAUCACGGCGUGGCGGACCCAUCCGAUAAAGGAAGCUAUUGAGAACCCUUCCACACCAGUCCAGUACGGCGCCUGAUCCACAGGGUUAGGUUUUCCAUCGAGUCCGCCUUGGUAGCCCUCGUCAUCCGGGUAACUGAACUUCACAACUGUCCUCUUCAAAAAGCCACACAACACAAACUAACACGGUAGAUACACUCGCUAGUUUGCUCAUGCUGAUGCCUCGAGGACUCAACAAUGGCUCAAUCCCUCAAGAACCUAAAACAAGACUUCGUUUCGAACCUUACCGGCGGGACAAUCAACGAAAUAAACGUCGUGACAGCGGUUGUGCCGGUGACCUUCCCCUGCAACGGCCCCCAAUAACCUAUGUCUUUGGGCUAAUAGCAGCUAUUUAGUUUACAGGCAACCUAUAUCCUCUAUGCUGCACUGCAAACACGAUUAGGAUUUUUUAAAUCUUAUGGGCCGCUACAGCUCGUCGCAGACAUCUUACUCAGCGCUGUAGCGAUACUAUUUUCUACAACAUUAUACUCGUCCUUCCCGCUGUUACUGAUCCUACUUAUCGUAUCCCCAGCAAUCCUAUUACACCUCGACCAACCGCGAAACUCGAAGCGCCCGGCAAAGCCCAAACCUCAAGAUGUCGAGAAGAAAACCAACUCGGCGCCAGAAUUUCCGAAAAAGCCGUUCUUAACGGUGUAUAGAGGAGGCAUGAUGGUAGUCACAUGUUGCGCGAUCUUAGCAGUAGACUUUAGGGUCUUCCCGCGAAGGUUCGCAAAGGUGGAGAAUUGGGGCACUUCGUUGAUGGAUAUUGGUGUUGGAUCAUUUGUCUUCUCUGGUGGGAUGAUGAGCGCGAAGUCGGUUAUUAAAGGCUACCUGGUGAAGUGUGCCUCGGAAUCAUUAGGAGCGAGGCUGAAGGGCGCUAUGAGAACGUCGUUGCCGUUGCUAGUACUGGGGAUUGUUCGGUUGAUUAUGAUCAAGGGUGUGGAUUACGCCGAACACGUUACCGAGUACGGAGUUCAUUGGAACUUCUUUUUUACGCUCGGGUUUUUGCCGUUAUUGUUGGCUAUCUUACAGUCCGUUUCGCCCAUGGCUUCCAGAAUGGGGAUUAGCCCUACUCUUGUGUAUACCCUCCUGAGUCUGGUGACUGCGGUUGGUUAUCAAGUUGUUCUUGAAACGACAGGGUUGAAGGCAUUUGUCCUUAUCGGAGACAGGAACAAAUACGGCUUGAUAUCACAGAACAAGGAAGGGAUCAGCAGUUUCGCUGGGUACCUCUCCAUCUUCCUGGCAGGGAUGGCCACCGGGAUGUAUACCCUCCCCCGAGACACCCGAUCUCAGCGUUUUGGACUUUUGAAAAAGCUCGGGGGGUGGAGUCUCUUUUGGACGACGUUGUUCAUAAUCACUAAAGAGCGCUGGGGCUUCGAUCUUGCCGUCUCUAGACGUUUAGCAAACCUCCCAUAUAUCCUCUGGGUUGCCUCCUUCAACACCGCACAAGUCACGGUGUUCUACCUCAUUGAGAGAGCAUAUUUCCGCGGGGCUGAAUAUAGCGACGCUGUGCCUAGGGUUUUAGAAGCAUUCAACAGGAAUGGGCUAGCAAUUUUCAUGGUGGUGAGUUACCCUUGCAGGUCUAUGGAUUGAUGGGAUUCUCAUAGUUUGCAGGCGAAUAUUUUUACGGGAUUAGUUAAUCUUUCGAUUAAUACCUUGGAGUAUGGGAGGAUACCGGCUAUGGGGGUGCUUACUUCUUACAUACUUGUGUUGACGUUGUUGGCGGUGGGGUUGGAUCGCAAAAACAUCAGCAUUAAGUUAUAGCUUAAGUUAGAUGUACUUCAGAAUAUGAUAUCCUUGCCCCUAUUCUGACCGACCGAUAGAAGUUAAAAUGCUAGACUUUUCUGUUUGCCUAUUGCUAGCAGUUAGAGUUAACUUCAACGGCGCAAAAAUGCAUUUUCAGAUGGCCUGGGUGCUAAGAUCGGGGAUAGGGUUGGACCUUAAGCGCGAAUUGUCAUUGGUUGCCUUAAGCUCGUUAGAUACUAGAAUCUAGUUCCUUGAGGUCAGCGGAUCCCCAGGUUAUUAAUUACCCGAAAUUCUACACGUUG